UGUUACCCAGCAGCACGCGCGCGCGCCGCUCGGGCCUCUCCACGCUGUGGUCGCCGCCGUGGUGGCCGCCGUCCGGCCUCGGAGCGGAGAUCCCGGCUGUGUGCGGUGUUAGAGAGGUCGGCCAGGCUCCCUGAAGAUGGAGGGCCCUCUGUCCGUGUUCGGGGACCGCAGCACUGGGGAAGCGAUCCGCUCCCAGAACGUUAUGGCUGCAGCUUCUAUUGCCAACAUUGUUAAAAGUUCUCUUGGGCCAGUUGGUUUGGAUAAAAUGUUGGUGGAUGAUAUUGGUGAUGUGACCAUUACUAAUGAUGGGGCCACCAUCCUGAAGUUACUGGAGGUAGAACAUCCUGCAGCUAAAGUUCUUUGUGAGCUGGCUGACCUGCAGGACAAAGAAGUUGGAGAUGGAACUACCUCAGUGGUAAUUAUUGCAGCAGAACUUCUGAAAAAUGCAGAUGAACUAGUCAAACAGAAAAUUCACCCAACAUCAGUUAUUAGUGGCUAUCGGCUUGCCUGCAAGGAAGCAGUACGCUAUAUCAGUGAGAACCUAAUUAUUAACACCGAUGAACUUGGAAGAGACUGCCUGAUCAAUGCUGCUAAGACAUCUAUGUCUUCCAAAAUUAUUGGAAUAAAUGGUGAUUUCUUUGCCAAUAUGGUGGUGGAUGCUGUACUUGCUGUCAAAUACACAGAUACGAGAGGCCAGCCUCGCUAUCCAGUCAAUUCUGUUAACAUUCUGAAAGCCCACGGGAGAAGUCAGGUAGAAAGCAUGCUGAUCAACGGCUAUGCACUCAACUGUGUGGUGGGAUCGCAGGGCAUGCCCAAGAGAAUAGUUAAUGCAAAAAUUGCUUGUCUUGACUUCAGCCUGCAGAAAACAAAAAUGAAGCUCGGUGUGCAGGUGGUUAUUACAGACCCGGAGAAAUUGGACCAGAUUAGACAGAGAGAAUCGGAUAUCACCAAGGAGAGAAUUCAAAAGAUCCUGGCGACUGGGGCCAAUGUCAUUCUCACCACUGGAGGGAUAGAUGAUAUGUGUCUGAAGUAUUUUGUGGAGGCUGGUGCCAUGGCUGUGAGAAGAGUUUUAAAAAGGGACCUCAAGCGCAUUGCUAAAGCUUCUGGAGCAACUAUCCUGUCCACACUGGCCAAUCUGGAAGGCGAAGAGACUUUUGAGGCUACGAUGUUGGGACAAGCAGAGGAGGUAGUCCAGGAGAGAAUCUGUGAUGAUGAGCUGAUCUUAAUCAAAAAUCUCAGUGAUAGAAGCAGUUUAGGCCUUGCUAUUGCAGAGUUUGCAAGAUCGCUUCUUGUUAUUCCUAAUACACUGGCAGUGAAUGCUGCCCAAGACUCCACCGACCUGGUUGCCAAGCUAAGAGCUUUUCACAAUGAGGCUCAAGUUAACCCAGAACGUAAAAAUCUAAAGUGGAUUGGCCUUGAUUUGAUCAAUGGGAAACCUCGAGACAACAAGCAAGCGGGGGUUUUUGAACCAACCAUAGUUAAAGUGAAGAGCCUGAAGUUUGCAACAGAAGCUGCGAUCACCAUUCUUCGAAUCGAUGAUCUGAUAAAAUUGCACCCAGAAAGCAAAGAGGAUAAACAUGGAAGUUACGAAAAUGCCGUUCACUCUGGAGCCCUUGAUGACUGAUUGGUUGGAUUUCCCUUUUAUUUAUAGCAGUGUCAGACGCCAUGUCUUAGCCUUGGGUGUCUCAUUAAAGUACAGCAAGCUGA